AUGCCGCAGUACAUAAUGGUGUUGGUGGUGUUGGCCGCUGGUAUCAUGGGAGUGACUUUAAGCAUCGCGCAAAGACCUUCCUUAACUCUGAUGAACGCCUUGCAGUCUGUGAGUGUAGCCUGUGCUGCAGUAUCAGUGAUAACCGUGUGCCACUAUCUGGUAGCUUUGUCCAGUUUGAUGGGUUUGGUUUAUACCUCAACGCUAAGCAGAGGUUACUAUGAUAAAGAUCCCCUUUUCUUUGCUUGGGACCAGCUGGCGAAUAUAAACUUUACCGCAAAGCAAAACUCCAUGGUGGCUGUUUCUUCCCUGAUCAUCAUAUGCUCCAUCAUUGAGAUCAUUCUUGCGGUGGCAGCCAUCAGGAGCAGUGAUAUAACUGGUCAGAGCUCGCAGGAACAGCAAGUGGGCAUUUGCUAUGGUCAACUUGAAGCUUGUCAGGUGCCGAUCCAUAUGCAAGGGCAGCCGACCUCAGUUGCAACCCAACCACUGGUGGCUUUUCCAAAAUCAGGCGUUCGCCCGGUGUACACUACUAAUUAG